AUGAAGUUCAAUCCAUGGGUCCUGACUGGUGAGGCAUUCAAGCAAGUGCCUGCAACUCCUCCCCCCAUCCCUACUAAAUCCAAGAAGACCCCUGCUGAGAAGGCUGAGGCACUCAAGAAGAAGAAGGUGGCCAAGAAGGCCACUUCAGCACAAGCAGAGAGAUUUGCAAGUGCUCUUCAGACCACAGUCUCACAGAUUCAACACCACCUUGAGCUCAAAAAGCAACCAUUCACCAACAAGGCCUCCAACUUUGAGUACCCACCCAAGGGCUACAUGACCUGGGCCAUGCACUUCCUUGCUCAAGGAGUGGAUGACAACACCCUCCAGAGCUGA